AUGGCAUCAACAAAUGAAUCUCCUGAUUAUACUUAUGCACAUGCUCAUGGUACUGUUAUGGUGUUAGCUUGGAUGCUUUUUGCUCCAACAGGCAUCUUCUUUGCACGUUACGGACGAUUCUUACAUAUUGGAAUUCGACGAAAAAUACUCGGAGAAAUGUUAUGGUUUCAAGCACAUCGUCUAGCACUCUCAAUAGCUGCAUUGGCAACAUUGCUUGGUUUUUUUCUAAUUCUGGUUCAAACGAAAAGCACAUGGGUAGAUGUUAAUACCGCUGGUAGACUUUUCUAUGCUCAUUCGAUCAUGGGAGUUCUUAUUGUUUGUUUUUCUAUGACUCAAGUCUGGAUGGCACUAUUUCGUUGUCAUCCAGAAAGUAAAUUCCGUUUUAUUUACAAUUGGAUGCAUCGAAUAACCGGUAUAGCGGCUUUCAUUCUUUCUACUCCUACUAUCUUUGUUGUCACCUACGGACUACCUUACAAUCACAACGGGUUUGUUGCAAUUCUAUCAAUUUGGACAGCAUGGGUGGUUAUUAUUAUGGUUAUAUUCGAAGUGCUUCAUCAUGGAUGGAAACCAGUACGACAACCAUCAAAAAACCAAUAUAAAAUACGUCAAACAGCCUCUGGACUUCCUGGAACUGAUCAACAACAAAAUGAAGGCACAAUAGUCGAGAGUGAAGAAUUGGAUAAUAACACUGUAAAUAAAAUGAAAUUUAUCUUGUUGAGUGUACAUGUGAUUGUUUCAAUCGCACUGGCUAUUGCUCUAAUUGUCCUUAUUUGGAGUGAUGGUUGA